CCGGUUUUUGAAGACAUUCAAGAAUGGCAACUUGAUGAUGACUUUCUCCUUUGGAAAACCGGAGGAGAGAUGGAGAAUUUAUUGUGACGAUCAUAUAGACAGCGGAGCAUCAAACACAUGCAUCAACCCAAAGUGGGUUGCAAACUUUAGCAGUAGAGAGCGUGCAAAUGUGAUAUCCCCAACUGCUCAAUCAAACGCACAC